GCCGCGAAGAUUUACCGGCGCGCCGUGGAGCUCGGAAACGUGGACGCGAUGAGAUACCUUGCGGGAUUGCACAACACUGGAAGUGGCGUCAAGCUGGACAAGAAGAAGGCGGAGCGGCUGUAUCGCAUGGCCGCAGAUCGAGGCGACACGAUCGCGCAAACAAAGUUAGGGUUUUUACUUUACUCUGAGAAGAAACUUGAAGAAGCGUUCCGGUACUACACCCUCGCGGCGGAUCAAGGCUUUUCUAUGGCGGAGACUUCCCUUGGCUGUUGUUACGGGCGCGGAGAAGGCACGGAAGUCGACCUCGGCAAAGCCAGGUACUGGUUCGAGCGCGCCGCUGCCAAGGGCGACGAGGAUGCUAUAGCGUGUCUCGCGGACCUCGACGAC